CUUUAAUAAACCGGUCCAUUCUAUUUAGAGAACGAGAAUUGUAUGUGUAAAAAGGGUGAACUAUUGCAUAUUUUUUGAUACAACGAAAUGGCUACGAAUUUCAACGUUCUAGCACAAAAACUAACUAUCAGUUGACAAUGGAUGAUGAUUAUAUACAAUUCUCUCCAAAAGUGACAACCUACAGUCAUGUAAAUAAGAGAAACUUAAUUAAGAAAAGUCCAAAGAAAUUAACAUUCACGGGUAACUUUACACAAAAUCACCGACAUUUUUACAUAACAGAAGCCGAAAAACGGAACAGCUUACGUCUUGAUAUUUUGAAUGCUGUGAUGAAGAGAACCGAAUCUAAAAUGCAUCAAAAAGAUAUAGAUGAGUUUAAUGAUAAUCCUUUAUAUGAAGAUCCGAGAGAUAUGAUCGAGAGACCAGUGAAACCUCCACGGAAACGCAACAUACAUGGAGGGGUGGCUGAUACUAAUAAAGAAGGAAAACAAUUACUAAAGAAGAAGAAACUGAGUAAGAAAUAUGAACGGCUAAUUACCGCUCUUAUGGACAGAUGUGAAGAAAAUAUUGUUUCAAUAUCAGAAAAAGAUGCACAUAUAGCAAAACUAAAAGAUAAAUUGAAAACGAUUUUAGAAUACAAUAAACUAUUCGCCAGUGAAAAUGAACGACUGAAAUGUGAACAUGCAACAUUAUUGAAAUAUGCAGAAGAAUGUAAAAUUGUGAUAAAAGAAGAAAGGGAGAAGAAUGCAGACUUAGAAGACAAGUGUAAGAGUUUGCAGGAGAGAGUGAGACAGUUUGAUUUACCCGAUAAAGAUCACUCUGAACCAACAACAGCAAUACCACUUGUUGAAGUCUGCAUGAGUUGCAGCAGUCGUCAGAUUGUAUUGAACCAAGCAAGAGAACUCAACUCUAGACUGCAGAAAGAUAUGCAAGCGCUCAAAGAUGUAUUAUACAGACUCAACGUACAAUUAGCUCGUUACCAAGAGAAGAUACGAAGCAAUGUAGCAACAUUGAAAACAGACAAAAGUACAGACAAAUAUGACUGUAUAGACUCUAUUAUCAGCACUUUAGGACAGAGACGAGAAACUACAAAUACCGAAGAAGCAACGAAAAAGGACUAUAAUGAAGAGCCUCACACAAGAGUUGUUGAUCUAUCAGGAUUACUUAGCGCACAGGCUUUAGCGCCAUUAUUUGAUGCAUAUCAAGAGAAUUUACAAGAAAAAGAUAAUCUUAUAAAUGACUAUGAGAAACAAUUUGAAAAUAUUAACAAGAAAUCUAAACAAAUUGUAAUUGAAAACAAAGCAUUAAGUGAGAAAGUGACUUUGUUAGAGAACGAACUGUCACAAGUGAGACAGAGUUAUAAGAAACUGGUAGUAGAGAGGGAGACGGCAGAUAUAGAAAAGGCCACUUUACAAGAAAGAGCGGAACGAGCUGAAUCCAAAUUGAAAGAGGUUUAUGAAUUGUAUGAAGAUAAAAUGGGUGCAAUGAUACGCGACUACGAGACAGUACAUCGCGAGUACUUCGCAGUGAAGAGCGCACUGGAGCUCUCUGCUGGUAAGAUAUCACAGCUGGACGCGAUGCGCGCGCGCACAGUGCCCGCUGACUUACAUGAACGGAGGCUGGAUCAUUGCAAACGUUUACUAGAAGAACUAAAACACCAGUAUUCAAUGGAGAACGAACGUAAAUCUGAGCUAGUGAAGAAGAUGCAAGAAGAUGUUCGUACUACAGAAGAGAAGUACAACAAGAUGUGUCAGGAGCACGAAGCGGUGAAGGAAGAACUCAGAACCGCUUUGAAGAAUGUCAGACUUUACCGUCGUGCGGCGGUGAUAUUCCGUGACCGCGCGCGCACCGCCGCAGCGAGCGCGAUGCGCGUGCGCCGCGCACGAAGUAAGCGCAGCAAGCGCUCACAACACAACGAGCCGCUGCAGCAAGCGCUGCACGCUCUCGAUACUAUAAAAACUGAGAUAAAGGCAGUUAAAUCUCGCGCCUACACAUCAUUAGAAGAACUAGAACGUCGCAUAGUACAGCAGGAGCGGCGUGCUGCCGCUGCGCAGGUUGAGCACCGCCGUGAGCUGGAGCGAGCGGCCCUCGCGCUGCAGCACAAGGAGGGCAUCAUACGCAGCCUUAUUGAUAAGGUGGCUGAUGUCGAAGAAGUUAGAUUAAGUCAAACCAAUGCCCAUCGUUUGCAAGGAAUCGUCUCGAAUUCAUCUUCCGAUAGUUCUUCCACUAAAGAAAAGGAUAAGAAAGAUAUGAAACCAACUGUAAAAUUAGUUCCCAGUUCCGGAGGAUAUUAUCAAGAUAAAGAAAAAAGGAAAGGUAACAAAUGAUGUUAGAAUUACUAUGGAAA